AUGCUGGAUCGGACAUGGGCAACGGGCGGGCCAAAGUGCGUGGCUCUUCUGUCCGUCGUGGGCGUGGUCUUGAUCGCUGUUUCCAACGAUGCUAUCGUGAACGACGGGUGGAGGGUGGCGCACGGAGUGGAGCAGAUCUCAGCGGCAUCUACCGCAGUAGCAGUCACGACCAGCACCAGUGACAUGGCAUCCGACCAAGUCGUCGUCAACAUCGGAUCAAGCUGGGAGAACCACAUAUGUGUAAACGCUACUUCAUCAAUCAGUUGUGACGUUGAGGCUGCCCAGCACGGAUCAAGGCUCAACAGAGAUUUCUCCGGGUCGACAGAGACAUUCCAUGUGGUGGCGUAUGGCAGUUGA